AUGGCAGAUUCAACUAGAGUUCCCUCAAGUCAGGGAUUUCAUCAAUUACAGAUUACGAUCGAGCAUGCAUCACUAAGAAAUUAUUCAUUCUUGAAACCAGAUCCAUACGUCCAGGUUUCAAUUGAUUGUAAUCCGGCGAGGAAAACGGAGCAUCAGAAGAAUACAUAUCUACCAAAAUGGAAUGAUACAUUUACAGUUUUAGUAACACCGACAUCGAUUUUGCAAUUCCGGAUUUUUGAUCACUCGAAUUUUCGGAAAGAUUCAUUAAUUGGAGAGCAGACGGUUCACUUAGUACAGAUAUUACAGCAUUAUAAUGGACGCUGUGAGAAUUUAGAGCUUGCGAUGGAUCUGUUGUAUGAAUCGAAAUCGGAAGGAAGACAGAUAAAGAAUGGGGAACUUGUUGCAGUAUUUAAUGGCCUAAAAAUCGAUAUGAGCACUAUACCGUCUCAAACUAAUGGCGAAACUGCACGAUCUGUAGAUAUUUCGUUUCAAAAUGGUGCAAUGAUGAGAAGUUCGAUUCUUAAUGGAGGAAUUCGAUCGCGUAUGAGGCUUCGAAGUAACACAAAUAGUAGUAGUAAUAAUAAUAAUAAUAAUGGACAGGCGCAAAAUGGAAUUCCGCAGGUAUCACCAAAUUUAAUGGCAGCAUCACCAAAUAGCGUUAAUGGUGGACUAAUACAAAGUCCAUCGACAGGAGCUGUAAGAAGAUCAAGUGGAAUGAAUCAAUGGGAUCAACCACCGCCAUCUAUAAAUAGUCAUCAACGACUAACGCCUGCUUUUUCAAAUCCUUUAAUGAAUUCACCAUCUUCACAGCAACAACAACAAAUAAUUCCACCACCACAAAUUCCAUCACCUGCUAAUUCAGCUGGAGCAAUUCCAAUUAUGCCUCAAAAUCCAACAAAUGGCGAAGUAAUGGAAGUCGAAAAUGAUGAUGAUGAGGAACUACCCCAAGGUUGGGAACGUAGAACAGAUCCUUUUGGUCGUCGAUAUUAUGUUGAUCAUAAUACAAGAUCGACAUAUUGGGAAAAACCUUCACCAUUGCCUCCUGGAUGGGAAAUAAGACGAGAUCCUCGCGGACGAGUUUAUUAUGUUGAUCAUAAUACUCGUACAACAACAUGGCAACGUCCAAAUAGUGAACGAUUAAUGCAUUUUCAACAUUGGCAAGGUCAACGUGCUCAUGUCAUGACACAGGGAAAUCAGAGAUUCCUAUAUCCACAGCAUGCUCAGCAAUCAAAUACAACACAGGCACCAGUUCAAGAUGAUGAUGAUGGUUUAGGAGCACUACCUGAUGGAUGGGAGAAACGAGUUCAGCCUGAUAAUCGAGUUUAUUUUGUUAAUCAUAAGAAUAGAACAACACAAUGGGAAGAUCCAAGAACACAAGGACAGGAAGUGAGUUUAAUGGGUGCUGAAGGUCCACUUCCAAGUGGCUGGGAAAUUAGAUAUACGGCAACAGGCGAACGAUUCUUUGUGGAUCAUAAUACAAGACGAACAACAUUCGAAGAUCCUAGACCUGGUGCGCCAAAAGGAGGUGUUAAAGGAAUGUACGGAGUUCCAAGAGCAUAUGAAAGAUCUUUCCGUUGGAAAUUGAGUCAGUUCCGAUAUUUAUGUCAAUCUAAUGCUUUACCUUCACACAUUAAAAUUACACUAACAAGACAAACACUAUUUGAAGACUCCUAUCAUCAAAUUAUGCGAUUACCUGCAUAUGAACUUCGGCGAAGGCUUUACAUUAUUUUCAGGGGCGAAGAAGGAUUGGACUAUGGCGGCGUGUCUCGUGAAUGGUUUUUCCUGUUAUCGCACGAAGUGUUGAAUCCUAUGUAUUGUUUGUUUGAAUAUGCAAACAAAUCAAAUUAUUCGUUACAAAUUAAUCCUGCAUCUUAUGUUAAUCCAGAUCACUUACAAUACUUUAAAUUUAUCGGUCGCUUUAUUGCAAUGGCAUUAUAUCAUGGAAGAUUUAUUUAUAGUGGUUUUACAAUGCCCUUCUAUAAGCGUAUGCUUAAUAAAAAAUUGACGACCAAAGAUAUAGAAUCAAUAGAUCCAGAAUUUUACAAUUCACUCAUAUGGGUUCGCGAUAAUAAUAUUGACGAGUGUGGUCUUGAGUUGUGGUUUUCUGUAGAUUUUGAGGUGCUUGGACAAAUUAUCCAUCAUGAAUUGAAAGCAAAUGGUGACAAAGAGCGUGUCACAGAAGAGAAUAAGGAAGAAUAUUUAACUCUUAUGACAGAAUGGCGAAUGACGAGAGGCAUUGAGGAACAGACAAAGACAUUCCUUGAAGGAUUUAACGAGGUUGUGCCCUUAGAAUGGUUAAAAUACUUUGAUGAACGGGAAUUAGAAUUAAUGCUUUGUGGUAUGCAAGAGAUUGAUGUCGAUGAUUGGCAAAGGAAUUCAAUUUAUAGACAUUAUAAUAGAAACAGUAAACAGGUUGUGUGGUUUUGGCAGUUUGUACGUGAGACGGAUAAUGAGAAGCGUGCUCGAUUACUUCAAUUUGUGUGUGGUACAUGUCGCGUUCCAGUCGGUGGUUUUGCUGAGCUUAUGGGAAGUAAUGGUCCACAAAGAUUUUGUAUAGAAAAGGUUGGCAAAGAUACGUGGCUUCCACGUUCACAUACAUGCUUUAAUCGAUUAGACUUACCGCCCUAUAAGAGUUAUGAUCAACUUGUAGAGAAAUUAAAUUAUGCAAUUGAAGAAACUGAAGGAUUUGGUCAGGAGUGA